CCUUCAAUCUCAGUGUUGGCAAAGUGUGUGGCGUUUUGUAAUUUGUAAAUAGUACUCACCGUCAGGCACCUUAUCGGAGUUAAUGUGUAGUUUUUUGUCAAAUCUUAGUAACUUGAUGCUAUAUGCAAACGAUUCUAUCUAACGAUUCCUCCUCGUUCAGAAUGUGGAUCUCAAGCAUUUUAGCAGCGUUCUUUGUCUACGCUGCAGUUUCGGAAGGCACGCCCUUAACCACUACACCGGACUUUGGGAAGGCCUACCACGUUAAAGGUGUUAUCUCGCUGCCCUACGCUGAGAUCAAGGAGCCAUUUGAGGCCUGGUAUGACCUGCAGGGGAAAACAAGCCGCAUUGACUACUACCAUGGUCAGGUGUCCACUUUCCAGAAGGGGGCGGAGAAGCCGUGGGGCUCCAGCUAUAAGAUCUCCCCAGAGACUACAGAGACUGAGUUUAAUGUCAUGAAGUGUUUCCAGGUCAAUGGCACAGAGGCAGACCCAGUCCUCCCCCAGGGGGUGCUGCCAUCCCUUGAGGGGUUCAAGUUUUUGCGGAUGGAGUACUUUGGCGGCGUGCUGUGUGAGGUGUGGCAGAAUGUGACGAUAGUGGGGCACAAGAAGAACACCUACACCCUGUGGGUGACGCGUCCAGAGGGUGACAAUGAGCCCACCACGCCCUGGCACUAUGAGAUGAUGGGGUACAACACUCUGCUGGGUUCACACUACGAUAAGUACCUGGUGGACUACAGGGAAUUCAGCUCCCACGUGGACUCUAAGGCCUUUACUCUGCCUGAUGGUUUGAAAUGUGGAUCAUUUCCUGGGCCAGGAGUGGAGCAUCAGAUCCUGGCCAAUCCCAUGCAAGACCUGAUCCACACCACCUCCAAGGGUCACGCCCGCCAGUUCUUUGGACACUUCAAAGAAAAGUUCCAGCGUCGCUAUGGUGAUGAGAAGGAGCAUGAGGCGCGAGAGCAUUCCUUUGUCCACAACUUGCGUUUCAUCCACUCCAUGAACCGGGCCGGCCUCUCGUAUAGUUUGGCUGUGAAUCACCUGUCCGAUCGCUCCCAGGAGGAACUGGCUUUGCUCAGAGGCCGCAAGCGUGGAAAGUCCCCCAACAGAGGGCUCCCUUUCCCCCAGGAUCUCUAUGGCUCUGUUAUUGUCCCUGAAUAUCUGGACUGGAGGCUCUAUGGAGCAGUUACUCCAGUAAAGGACCAGGCCAUUUGUGGCUCCUGUUGGAGCUUUGCUACCACUGGGACAAUAGAGGGCGCUCUCUUCAUGAAGACUGGCUCCCUGGUGGUCCUCUCCCAGCAGAUGCUGAUGGACUGCACCUGGGGCUUCGGAAAUAACGCCUGCGAUGGAGGGGAGGAGUGGAGAGCGUACGAAUGGAUCAUCAGGCAUGGUGGCAUCGCCACUCUGGAGAGCUACGGCGCGUACAUGGGCAUGAAUGGUUUCUGCCACUACAACCAGUCGGAGAUGACCGCACGUAUCCGGAGCUACACCAAUGUGACUUCUGGUGAUGCGAAUGCCCUGAAGGUUGCACUGUUGAAACAGGGGCCUGUGGCUGUUAGCAUUGAUGCUGGGCAUCGCUCUUUCGUCUUCUACAGCAACGGCGUGUACUUUGAGCCCGCUUGUGGCAACAAGACUGAGGACCUUGACCAUGCAGUGCUUGCAGUCGGAUACGGUGUCUGGGAGGGGCAGCCUUACUGGUUGGUGAAGAACUCAUGGUCCACCUAUUGGGGAAAUGAUGGCUAUGUGCUUAUGUCCAUGAAGGACAACAACUGUGGUGUGGCCACUGAUGCCACUUACGUCACACUGGCGUGAGCAGAGCACCCUCUGCUGCUUGCUGGAACAACUGCAGAGAAUGUUUCUUUUUCGGAUGUUAAUUUGUCCAAAAAGUAUUUUGUUGCUGGUGGGGUCUAGUUUUGCCAGAGGAGUGGAGUUUAAGGAGAAUUUUGCCAUGUUUGCUGGCCACUCCCCUCAGUGCCUCACACACCACUUUCUAAAGCACUUUUAAAUGCAGUAAUGCCAUGUUUAAUUGUGAUUUAAUAAAAAUACCUUUUUCAUAAAA